GAGAGAGAGACAGGAGAGAGAGAGAGAGCGAUCAUGUGAUGAAGGAGUGAGCCUGACUGUGAGACACACACACACACGGUAAAGGCUACGUUCACACAAACCUCACACACACACCGUCUCAUGACUGCUGCUCCCGAAACCUGAACGACGCGUCGCGCGGGCGGGGAAACAAGCACCGGUACGUUGCUGACUGUCGCUGCUGCCCCGGGGAGCAGAAGGGGAAGCAUCAAUGCCUCCAGGUUGCCUCUCACAUAUCGACCUGGACCUGUUCUCCUCCUCCGGCCUCCUGCGCUGAGAUAAUGAAAGGAUGGCCGAGCAGCGAUGCGGGGACCACGGAGGGCUGACGGAUGAUGCUGCUGCAGCGACACACCGAGAUGAGCAGCAGCAUCACAACACGAUGAAUCCCACGGAGGAAGCAGGACUGGAGGGUCUCUCUUUGGAUGAGAUACUGAGGCUUUAUGGCCAGCCCAUCAAUGAGGAGCAGGCUUGGGCGGUGUGUUAUCAGUGCUGCAGGACGCUGGCGAAGGCACACCGGAGGAGAAGCUGCUCCGCCGCCGCCGGAGCAUCAUCAGCGGCGGCUCUGAGGAGGAUAUCCGGACCGGGGGAUGUUAGGAUACAGAAAGACGGGUCUGUGAGGGUGGAACACCAGAGCUGUAAAGGUAAAUACAGCCCUUGCACAACAACAGAGGUCAUCGAGUCUCUGGGCAUUAUGAUCUACAAGGCUCUGGAUUACGGGCUGAAGGAGAAUGAGGAGAGGGAGCUCAGCCCUCCUCUGGAGCAGCUCAUCGACCUCAUGACCAAUAUGGCCGAGGCUGAGAGGGACGCCUGCCCUGACGAAGGCUAUGAGGCCACAGAGGAAGAGGAUGAGGCGGAGGACGACCCUGACAACAUCUCCAGCAUCCAUGGCUAUAGAGAUAUCCUCAAGCUGUGCACAGUUCAUCUACCCAGUCUAUCAGAUGCCCCCAGUCACUAUCAGGCAGUGUGUCGGGCUCUGUACACAGAAACCAGGGAGCUGGGUACUUUCCUGGACAAGAUCAGGAGUGCCAAAGAGAACCUCCGUAAGAUGGAGGAAGAGUCAUCAGAGGAGCCUGGCAGAGACCUGAAUGAACUACAGAAUUCUGACUGGGCUCGAUUCUGGGUUCAGGUGAUGAGGGACUUGCGUGAAGGAGUCAAGCUGAAGAAGGUGCAGGAGCGUCAGUACAACCCUCUGCCCAUCGAGUACCAGCUCACUCCCUAUGAGAUGCUCAUGGACGACAUCAGGUCCAAGCGCUACAAACUGCGUAAAGUCAUGAUAAAUGGAGACAUCCCACCCAGGUUAAAGAAAAGCGCUCAUGAAGUCAUCCUGGAGUUCAUCAGGUCCAGACCACCUCUCAACCCUGUGUCAGCUCGUAAGCUGAAGCCGCAGACUCAGCCUCCUCCAACGCUGCAUGAACGGAUCUUAGAGGAAAUCAAAUCAGAGAGGAAACUUCGACCAGUGUCGCCCGGUGAGGUCCGCAGGGGAAGACUGGGUUAUGGCAAAACUCGCAGUAUGCCACAGGAUUUGUUCCGUGCUGGAGUAGAUGAGUUUAGUCCGUACAUGGGCAGGAGGACAUCCAGCUCUCUGUCUCUGACCAAUGGAUUAGCAUCUCCCAGGGUAGAACCCUCCGGAUCUCAGUCUGCACCUCAGAGGAAGAGGCUCCUGAAGGCACCUAGCCUCGCCGAGCUGGACAGCUCUGACUCUGAUGAUGAGAUUUUUGGCCGCAAGUCAGCUAGCAGCUCCAGUGUGGCUACAUCUUUGAUGGAUGAUACAUCUCCAGAGUGUGCUCUGGGGAAGAAAACUCCACCCAUGUUCCUGCCCAUCUCUUCUACACCCCAGCCAGAGAGGCGUCAGACCCCCCAGAGGAGACACUCCAUUGAGAAGGAAACCCCGACCACUGUCCGACUGUUUCAACCUCCCUCCAAACAGAGCUCCAAAUCUCUGGAGGAGUUCUGUUUCCCUGUGGAGUGUCUGUCUCUGACGGUGGAGGAGGUGAUGCACAUCAGACAGGUGCUGGUUAAGGCAGAGCUAGAGAAGUUCCAGCAGUACAAAGAAAUCUACAACGCUAUGAAGAAGGGAAAGCUUUGCUUCUGUUGUCGAACCAAAAGGUUUUCCUUCUUCACCUGGUCCUACAUUUGCCAGUUUUGCAAAAAGCCUGUGUGUGCACAGUGCUGCAAAAAGAUGCGGCUGCCGUCCAAACCUUAUUCCAGCUUGCCCAUCUACUCCAUUGGCUCGACCAACACUCUCCCCAGGGAGAGGUUGAGUGCCAUGAGUGCUGUAGGACAAGGACUCUCUGUGGCCGGAGAGCCGGGGCCAUCAGCAGUGGGAGGGGCCCAGGCGCCCCCUGCUUUGAAAGUAGAAACAACAGGAGCAUCUAAAGGAGCUGGAAAAGCCUCUGGAGCAGCAGCUGCUGCUAAAUCUGAGAAGUCCUCUGGCAGUCCACGGCGCCACAGCAUUCAGAAGACCAUGUCCAAGUUUUCAAAGCACGGCUCUUUAAAGUCUCAUGAAGAACUGGAGCUUCCUUCAGAGCUGACAGAGGACUGGGCCACCAUGGAGGUGUGUGUGGACUGCAAGAAGUUCAUCUCUGACAUAAUCGCCUCCAGCAAGCACAGCCUGUCACUGGCCACCAAGAGAGCUCGACUAAAACGCAAGACCCAGUCCUUCUACUUGUCCUCCCCUAAAGGAAGGGAGGAGUACCGCCCCUCUGAACGAACAAUCAAGGAGGUCUAAAACUUUUUAUCUCUCUCUCUCUCUGGCUGCUUCCAGCUCCUAUGGCACAAUUAUAAAGACUCAGCACUGGAUAUGAUUUUACUGUACAUGUAUACUUCAGUCAGAUAAAGCUGUCAGAUUGGCUGAUAUGAACCUCAGUGGUGGACAGUGUGGUGUUUGUUGCUGUGUCCUGAUCAUCGUGUACAGCUCCUUCAGAUGAGCGCAUACUGUAGAUCUGCCAAUUUUUUUUACCAUAUCAUAGAUGAUCCUUUAAUCCCUGGCCACAGACUUUUGAGUAAAGAAGCGAGAAGUGUUGUGAUGAGAAAUGGCAAUGUGUCAAAGUGGAAUGACCUCCCUUCCCUAUGAUGGCACAACAGUGUGGUCCGAUCCAACUCACAUUCAAAUCAAUAAGCACAAGACAGAAGGACUGAUGUGUGUUUGGCUUCCUCAGGCACUGGCACUACAGAAGACACGAGGCCUGCAGAGAGUGACACUCAAGAAAAUACGGGAUAUUAAACUGUACAUUUUGUAUGGGUUUUCAUUUAGUUUUUUACACGCGUGUGUACGGUAAAUGAUUGUUCGAUGAAGUCACCCUCAGUUUUGUUUUGCUGAUGAUGCUUAAUGAGACUUUCCCCCACUUUCGUCUUUACAAAGCAUACUUCAUAGCACACUCCUGUUUUUGAGGAAUCAGGAAAAGUUUCCACACAUCUUUUUUUUUUUUGGAUCACAUGUAGAAAACAGUCUGUUUUCAUACAGAUUUUGUGCCAAAUAACAGCAUCUUUCUAAUCUAUAUGUUAUCCA